GUCGGACGCCUGAAUGAGCCAGACAAUAAAGUUAUUAAUGGUUUUGCGAAUGUGAAAAUACGGACAUGAAAUUCUUAUACUGUAUCUUCUCAUUAGCGUCUGCAUCACAAAUAUUUUGUGAGAUAUUGGUCUGCAGACGUAUGGAUAAAAAGAUUAGCCGGUAUCCGAUAGCAUUCUUAUUGACCAAUCACGAGCUAGACUGGGACCGAUGCGACCUGCGUUGAAAAGAGCCCAAUGUUUUUGUUUGUUUACGGUGGUGAACAGCUGAUGACUGCGACGGGAUAUUUAACGGUUUUUCAGCGUUCCUUGGACAUUUUUCCCUUUUCUUUGUAUUCGGUCCAUUUCCAGAUGAACUUCGCGAUGUUUUUGUUUUCGCGUGUGAUAUCAACGGUGACCAACUAACAGACGUUGGCCGUUAGCUGAGACAACCGAACAAAGACUGAAAGAGUGUCCACGAGGCGAACACUAACUAUCAUUCAUUGCAGUAUCCAGGUAUCAUAUCCAGUACAGCAGUAUCUCUGAUUCUGUUGGAUUGGCACAGAUCUGCAGAUAGCAUACUGGCAUGCGGUAACGUAAUUACGAUAAUAACAGUUACCGGUAUCUCAGUUGCCGUAAUGUGAUGAGUUUUGUAUUUCUGUAUUUAGGCUACUUACAGACAUAUCGCAGGAUUGUCAUACUGCAGAACUGUCUUCAGGUUAGACAAGCUUGGCUACUGUCUGACUGACUGUUCGGUAGUGUACCAAGUAACUUAUCACUCAAACUUACAGACUUAUGACUGUAUGAAGUAGCUUCAAUACUCACAUUUUAACAUAGGGGCACAUUCGCAUUUUCACAGAAACAACAGUUUUUAUGUCAGUAGACUAUGUAGAUAAAAAGAUUUCAAACCGAACAAAAUGAAUACAUCGGAUGUGUAUUGAAUUAUAAACAUGUCGAUCUAAAAGAAAUGCUAUGGCUCAUUCAAAUGGGCCAGACCCUCAUAAAAAAAGGUCGAGGGCGAUAUGGUUUUCCAUAUGAUUAAGGUUGUCACAAUGUGGACUCUUCUUUCCUAGAUGAGUUUUGAAUAACAUUUUAUCCAAUAGCUUUGAUUUUAUAUAAUUCAGUAAACUAUGUUUCACUUCAUGGCUUAUACACUUGCCAAAUAAAGAUUGGUGCAAAUAUUUAUUGAAUAUUUCAACACAGUUUCUUGUGACGUUUUAUAUAGAUUUCAAGUCAGGUGUGACCUUGUUAAGUGUGAUUCUUUGUUGCUUUAGUAUUGUAUGUGAAAUGAAGCAGAAAAAUAUGUUUCAAGUAACUGUGCAUUAAAUCUGACUUAGUCAAAUUCAAACUUCUAUAUUUUGUGUUGCCCUUUUAGUCUCAUUUUGAUUCCAAAAUAUAAUUGAAGUAAUCAAGAUGUUGAUAAUUUUGCAAUUUAACGAGCACUUCAACGUUCUGCUAAUAACAAUAACUUUUGGCAUUUGAUCUCUCAAUCACUAAUUUUCUCAUAUGGUAAUUGGUAUUCUAAAGUUUCAAUUUGAAUAUGAGUAAAAUAUAUGUAUCUAAAAAUCUUUGUUAGAAAGAAUAAUUUUGACUUCUGCAGUCUUUUAUAACCCAUUUGCGGUUGUACAAGCAACUAACAUCAGGGUGUUGGUCAUUGGGUGAAUGAUUACUUUUGUCAGCAAGAUUGUUUUAUUCCAAUUGGUCUGCUCAAUAAUAAACAUGUCUGGAGAAAAUAGUAUUUUCAAAAGUUUGUAGUUUCUAAUAUAUUCAAAUUUCGAUAUCUGGCAUCUGGAUAUAAAAUUUCAAUUAGGUAAUAUAGGCAGUAUUUGUCAAUACUCGACUUGGCCAGCUGGCAGUUUCCAGCUGUGGGAAUCAUUAGCCUAUGCUUUUCCAGUAAUAUCCUGCAAAUUCUUUUGAUUACAAAUGUUUCAGUAGUGUAAUGAUGCAAUGACAUUUUUUUCAUUUGGCGCUCAGUCACACAAUUCACUUCAAACAAGGCCCUAUGCAAGCAGUUACUGAUAUCGAAAGUUAUGUCAGGAGCUACUGUUAUGUGGAAGCACAGGAAGUCUUUCCUAUUCAGUUUUACCUACCCUAUUUAUUAAACUCUGGGUGAGGUGGGGACAUGAGAUAUGAACUCCAGGUAUGUAGACUGCGAUGCCAACAACGUUACGGGAAUAAGUGUAACGCUGGGCCAUCGCAGAGCCAACAUUUCACAAAUUUGUUAUCAUUGUCCAAGUAAAGUUAGGUUUUCUACGCAUUUUUUUAUGUUACCACUUACCAGAAAUGCUAGUGAUAAAUAGUAAGUACACUGAGGUGAAUGCGUAUUGAUUUUUUAGUUAAUAUUGUAUUGACUUUACUGGUGUAACAGGCUUCAAAAUUCAUUUGUGGUAACUCAUAAUGAAUGCAUCUCAAUUGAAAUGGUUAUGAGCUGUGGGUCAGGAUUACAGUAAUUUGGUAUAACUUUUCAUAUCCACUGAUUCUAUAAGGUGUAAUAAACCUCCCAACGCUGCCAACGGCAAUUGGGAUUUAAUGGGAUGCUCUGUAAAAACUUUUAUCUCGUUUUAACAUUGCAUUUAUCUAUCUAUUGCUUUUUUUAUCCGUUAUUCAACAUCUUUAUGCCAAGCAAGACUUUGAAAAUGCAGCAAUUGACAUUAAGCUUCUGUUUUUGGUAGGCCGUGAUAUUUUCACUAUAGAGCACACCUACAUGAUUAAAUACACCAGGUUGUGCACAUUAAACCUGAGCUAAAAAUCAUUAAAUACUUUAUCAAUGUACCUUGGCGAUUUCUCUCAAUUCCCAUAGUUGUAAUUGUAAUAUAACAAAAUCGUCUAUCAAUUUUGUUUUUGUUGGCAUCAAUUUGUUUCCAAUAUAAAGUCUGAAUUCUUACUGCACAUUUAUGAGCAAUAUAUCCCCCAAAACUUUAUAUAUUGUCUCUUUACAGGAAUUAGAAAUAGGAAUAAAGUAAAUUAGUCAAAUUUGAACUCAAAGAAAUGUUAACUUUUUGGCCAAAGUGAAUGUUGAAAUCAUUGCGUAAAAGACGACUCAGAAAAGUUCGUAGCGAAGACGACACAUCUUCAUCGCGCCAAGAAAAAGCUGGGACAUCUCUUGACCAUUUUGAGCCAAAGUUCAGCCGAAGGAAAAACCAUUGGACUUUAGGCAAUAGCAGUACUAACGAUAUGACAACCAUGAAGCAGAAAAUAGAGGGUCUCCUGGAUUCCGACCAACAAGCAUUGAUCAACAAGAAACUCCCGAAAGAAUUGCUUUUGAGAAUUUUCUCAUUCCUUGACAUUGUUACUCUUUGCAGAUGUGCUCAGGUUUCGAAAUCAUGGAACACUCUCGCACUAGAUGGCAGUAACUGGCAGUCAGUCGAUUUGUUCAACUUUCAAACUGAUGUAGAGGGCAAAGUCAUUGAAAACUUAUCGAAACGAUGUGGAGGAUUUUUGAAAACUCUUUCGUUGAAAGGAUGUCAUAAUAUUGAUGAUAAAACUUUACAAAUAUUCUCGCAACAUUGUCGAAAUCUCGACAAACUAAUACUUGAUAAAUGUACACAGAUCACUGAUAAGACAUUAUUUAGUUUAGGACGGAAUUGUCCUCUGCUACACGCCCUUCACACAAGUUCUUGUUUAUAUGUCUCUAAUGAUGGAUUGAGGCAUCUAGGUGAAGGUUGUCGGCAUCUACAGUUCCUCGAUAUAUCAUGGUGUGAUAAAGUAACUGAUGUUGGUAUCGACUAUAUUGCAAGAAAUUGUUCAAAACUAAAAGGUCUUAUUUUAACCGGGGUUACUCAGAUCACGAAUGAAACUUUAAAAACUCUUUCUCAAAAUUGUCCUGAAUUAAAGCAAUUGAACCUGCAGAAAUGCACAGAGAUAACUGAUGAUGGAAUUCAACUUCUUUGUAAAGGAUGUUGCUUGCUUGAGUCAGUUAAUCUAUCUGAUAUCACAAAUCUACAGGACGAAUCUCUUCGAGCGUUAUCGCAAUAUUGUAAUAAACUUCAAACACUACAAGUAGCUCACUGCACACAACUCACUGAUGCUGGAUUUGUUACAUUAGCUAAAAAUUGUCCAGAUCUCCAGCGGAUGGAUUUAGAAGAAUGUAUUCAUGUAUCAAAUACAACGUUACGACAUCUUGCUACUCAUUGCCCUGAUAUUACUGAAUUGACACUAUCUCACUGCGAACUGAUCACAGAUGAAGGAAUAAGAGAACUCGGAUCAGGAACUUGUGCAACUGAAAAACUCAAAAUUCUUGAACUUGAUAAUUGUCCUCUUAUCACUGAUUAUAGUCUUGAUCAUCUUAUGAGUUGCCAGAAUCUUGAAAGAAUUGAACUUUACGAUUGUCAAUUGAUAACAAGAGCUGGAAUUAAAAGAUUGAAGAAUCAUCUACCAAGACUACGUGUCCAAGCAUAUUUUGCUCCUCAUUCGCCUCCCCCUGAUAUUGCUCGUGCACGUCCAUACAGAAGGAGAUAUUGUAGAUGCUGCACUAUUUUGUGAAGUAAUCAAGACUAUUAUCAUGGAUAUUUCCAGUUUUAGGGUUUUGCCUAUUUCUAUCAGGUAGCAUACAUGACAACAUAAUACAUAUUCUAUCUGUAUGUGGACUUUCAAAAAGUAAAAAUGAUUGUGUGUGAACAUUACAAUUUUCUGGUAUUUGAAAUGAACAUUGGUCCUGUAUUCUUGUGUCUUUAAUUUAUUGAAUUAUUAUUUUCAAUACUUACUGGUGAUAGAACAUUACUUCUUUGGCCAAACAUUUCAUUGACUACUGGAUUAUAUGGCUUGGUCACAUUGGUACCUGAAUAGGAUUAUUUUCAUUCCAAAAGAAGCUUGUUGGGGGUACAAGCCUUUUCUGAACAUGAUAAACUUUUCUUGGGACUUGGGGAAUGAUUAUUUUCUUUGGGGGUUUUUCAUAACUUCUCUCCAACCAAAGGUCUCGGCAAAAAGCUGCUGGUAGAAAAGCAAUUUCUCAGUCGAGCUUUUUUUACCCUGAGUGAGGUGAACAUGAGUUUUGAAUCUGAUGCUUUUGACCUGUGCCAACACAGUUGAGUCCAACAGGCGAUCUUUUAAUAUUACCGGUAUGUGAAAUUUUGCUCAAGUCUCAUAUAAACUCAUCUCUGAGUCACUGUAGCCCCAGUAUACUGUGUAUGUGUAAAACAUAUGUAUGUAUCAGAAGUUUUAAAUUUAAAAAUUUGAUUAACUUGGCAGUUUCUCUAAAUUUUACAGCUGUUUCUUUCAAAUAGCCUACCUUUUGGGGCUAGAACAAUAAUGAUCAGUUUAAUAUUUCAUGUUCUCAUAUUGAGACAACAAUGACAUGUGAUUAAUUUUUUUUUUUGAAUCUUACAAAUAUUAUUUUAGGCGAUAAUAGUGGAAAACUUGUUACUUAUGUAUAAAUUAGUUAGUUUUGUGCCUCAUGCCUGACUAGCUAUUUUGCUUUGAACUUUUUCUUUACAAAGCCUACCCGGAUCUUUUGUACAAAGCCCAUGUCACCAAUGCAAAAAUGUGAGAUUUGAGAAAACAUCCCCGCCUCGUUUAAAAUAACAACUUAGUAAUUAAAUAUUCAGUCAGUUUAGGGUUAGAAAUGAUUAAAAUUUUGAAUUUUCUGCGCAAUCUGCAUCCCUAACCUUAACCGGAUAAUUACUAAUUUUCCUAUUUUGAGCAUUGGUGGGGGAUUCGUACAAAGGAUUCAGCCCACCCACCCCAUAGUUUGAUAAUUUAUCUGUUUUCCUUGAAUAUUUGGAAUGUUUUCACCCCGUGUUGCCUCAAGGUUAUCGGUACGUAAGAGUUGGUUCUGGUACGUACAGCAGAAAAUCAUAUAGCAGCAUUAAUUUUGCUGCAUACUGGUCCCAAGUUCAAUUACCUUGAAGUAUUAUUGGGUCUGGUCAUAUGUGGCAACUCUCAUGGGUCAUGUGAAAAUAUAUUCUGUCCUUAGGAAUGUUUUUAGAUCUAUUUAUUUGUUUGAGAAUUUGUCAAAUCAAAUUUUAGAUUAUGUUCAACACUUGGGUUACUGAGAAUCUUGUUCCUGCCAAAGCCCAUUUCACUCACUUCCAUAUUCAGCAUAAAUAUCACCAUGAAGCACCAUAUAAGCCUAAUGGUGCUCCUGAAGUAUGUGUACCAGGUUAGGGUUAGGCCAUAAUUUCAGGUACAAAUAUUACGGGAGUCACUCGGCUAGUCUCCCAAACUAGAAAAAUAGAACUAAAAUAAGGAAAAUUGGAAUUAAAUUAUGGCCUAACCCUAACCUAUUACACCUACUACGUUCAAGUGUCUGCCAUCUUGCUAUGCAUACUCCAGGAGUACCAGCUAAACUUGUUAUUAUGUGAUUCAAUCUUAAACCUUCAUUCUGACCUUCAAUCAGUUUUGCUGGCACCACUUUGGCAUGCGAGACACUCUCAUGGAAUUCAGUUCCCAAUCCUCUCAUCAUUGGGUUAGGUUUAGAUUAAUACGACCAUAUAUCCUUGUUUAUAAGCGGACCACCUAAAAACGACCCUGAAACUUCGAAUUUAUAAAAAUUUGCAUAUAAGCCGACUAACAACUCGCAACAUGCCCUGUAUACAAGUUGUAGCUGUUGGAAUCAAGUUAGCGUUUGAGUGCGAUCAGAGUUAUGCGUGUAUUAGCCGAAUUUUAGUGCAAACUUUUUUUUUAGUUUUUAAAAGGGUAUAUAUAUACGGUAAAUUCCUGAGAUAACACAACCUCUGAGCUUGCAUCGACUCUGCAAAACAAAAUUGGCUGUUAUGUAUGCUCCUAAUAUACAUGGAUUAAUAAAUCUUGAAUUAUUGACUGUUCUUCUGUAGUUUAUAGCCUUGAUUAUCAAAAUUAUUGUAUCUUUUCUUUUCAUAUGCUCUUUUUUCUACAUUUAAAUUAGUGUGAAAUGGCCUGGCAUUGGAAUUUUAAUUGUAAUGGUAAAUAACAAGUGGCUUAUACUAUUUACCUUGAAAACUUUCUGAUUCUGUGAUUUUUGGCACUAAAAUCUUAUGCCCUUAUCAAAAAUGAUUAUUCAUACUAUCAUGUUUUACCGUAGUUAUUAUCUAUCUUCCCACUACAGGAAUAUUUAGGCCUUUUGAAUUUUUUAUCAGAAUUCAUACUGUUGGCCAGGUCGCUUUAUUGAUGUAUUUUUUCUAUUCAUUUUCUUUUAUAUCCCUGGACCAAGAAUACACUUCUAUUGGUACUUUAUUAUAUUUAUCAUUUGCAAAAUGUCUCUGAAAGUAUUAUUUUUUCCCCGCAUCUUUUUUGUAUUUUCUCAUUCGCCAGGAGUACUUAGUGUGUCGUUAUUACUUCUCAUUGCCGUUAUAUUAUUAUGUCGCUUAUUGUAAAUGUAAUGUGAGAAAAAUUCUCAAUAGAAAAUAUUGUUUCA